AUGUCGUCGUCAGCGAUUGAAAGUCAGCUCGAGGGUCUACUUAGUCCCGUUGGCCUCCUGCGCGCCUUCUACCUCGCCGCGUCUCUUCUUAUCAUUGUCAUACAGGCUGUUCCUGCACUGCGCAGUCGCUUUCUUGUCUACGGCUCUCGUGCGACGUCACCGUCUGGUCAACCAUCAGCAGCACCGAGUCAACCUUCCCUCGCCAGCCAGCUCCUGGAUUACGCUGCAACGAUCCAGGUGCCGCACAACUACUUUACGCAUUUCUACGUCCUCUCAGUCGCAUGCUCGCUUUUCUGGGGAUGUUGGCUGCAAGUUUGGUCAGCCAGCAAGCAGCUGCAAGUGGUCUGGGGCUUGAUGCUCCUGCAAGGUGUGCGCCGCAUGCUUGAGUCGAAUGCAUACACGUCGACGAGCGAGAGCAGGAUGUGGUUUGCCCACUGGUUGCUUGGACUUGUGUUCUAUCUGACUAUCAACGUUGCGAUUUGGAUAGAGGGUCCUGCUGGCAGUCUCGCCAGUUCGACAUCUACCGCGCUGGUCCCUGCGAUUCUUACGGCGCAUGUGCUGCAGCACUCCUACCACGCGUAUCUGUAUCGUCUGCGCACCGAAAACAAGGGGUAUCAACUUCCUACCCAUCCGGUCUUUUCGAACUUGCUGUGCCCACACUACACUUGCGAGACUGCCAUCUACCUCUUACUAUCUUUUCUAGCAGCUCCUGCAGGCAAGGUUGUAAAUUGGACGCUGUUUUGCGGCACCAUCUUCGUGGCUGUCAACCUCGGAGUGACGGCGAUAGGCACGAAAGAGUGGUAUAUGGGAAAAUUUGGUAGAGGCAAGGUAGGUCCGAGGAAGAGAAUGGUACCUGGUAUUUGGUAG